AUGGCGCCUAAAAUGUUUGCUACUGAUGGUUCAGAAAGAGAUCCUGUGGUCGUCUACAAACUGUAUGUCCAGAAGAGACCUCAGAAAAUGAAAGAAGACGACUCUCCAUUUUACUUAGCUGUCAACAACAACUUGAAGGCAGAGUCGCUUCAAAUGAAAGAAUGGUUCAAGGCCGGUCCUGUUGGAAUAAACAAACUGAACAGUCUGAUGAAAACUAUGGCUCAAAAAGCAGGAAUUAACAACAACCGAAAUCACAGCGGUAGGAAAACAAUGAUUCAAACACUUGGCGAAAAUGAUAUUCCACCGACACAUAUCGCCCAACUGUCUGGGCACAAGAAUCUAAAGAGCAUAGAAAACUACAGCAAAGUAUCGACUAAACAGGAAAUGCAAAUGUCCAAACUACUCAGCGGCGUUAUAUCUGCUACUGCAACCAAGACAUCCUCCCAUGAUGAAAGAGAAAAUCCGACCGCAAUUUGCCCAUCCAACUCCGAGUCACAACAAGCCAUGGCUUUAUUCAGCGGGGCUGUUAUAAAGGGUGGUAACUUUUCCAUAAACAUAAACACAGUGAACCAGUCACCCAAGCUCACUGUAGAACGAGAAUCAAGUCCAGUCAAUGCCGAAGGCGAAGCGUUGCCAAGAUGGAAAAGACUGAAAGUCAAAGGACAGUAG